UCGAUUGGUGUAUACAUAAUAGAUCGAUAUACACAUUUCACGCUUCAAUUCCUUGAGCAUGAAGUGAAAUCGUUAUUGACCAAUCGAUCUCUCACCGAUUAUUUCGACUCGUGCCCAAAAUCAAAAUGUCUUUCAACGAUCGGUGUACGUACUGAUUUAUACCCAAAGGAUCCGAAACGAGUUCGCGUCACUGAUUUUUUUGGUUCAUCGAGAAUCAUGCGCCCCAUUACAGAACAAAUAGAGUUCGAUGAUGCAUGGCUGAAUACAGCUCCAUUUUACGGGAAUUCCUGGGAAGAUGAUGAUGCAAGGUGA